GCGGUUGUAAAUACGGAAGCGAUGGUCUGGGGAAGCAUUCUGACUUUCUCUGCCCGUGGAGAAGCUCGCUUUACCGUCGCAGAGUAGCGGGGUUUGCCACCGUAAUGAUGAACAGGAUGGCCGGCUGUCUGAAGGGGAGUGUAGCCGUGAUGGUGGUUUUAGCUACGGUGGUAUUUCAGGCGAACUGCGACUCCUUUGGAAGGAAGAGAGUCACAAGCGCAAAGGUUUUGGGCUUCGCCUGGAAAAACUGCGGACAGCCCGACGCUCCGGCUGUGCUGAAGAGCCUGACUGUGUCUCCAGAUCCCAUCAACAUUCCGGGAUCACUGACGGCUGCUGCGUCUGGAUCCACGUUGGUUGAGCUCGCCUCCCCUCUUUCUGUGAAUGUUACCCUGGAGAAGGAAGUGGCUGGUUUCUGGGUGCAGAUCCCCUGCCUGGAGCAGGUCGGCAGUUGUCACUAUAAGGAUGCCUGCGACAUUCUGAACCAGCUGAUCCCACCGGGACAGGACUGUCCAGAACCGCUGCACACCUACGGCCUACCCUGUCACUGCCCCUUCAAAGCGGGCUCUUACUCGCUGCCUCAGUCUCAGUUCUACCUGCCCUACAUGGACCUGCCUUACUGGCUCAGCAAUGGGAACUACAGAGUUCAGGGAGUCCUGGGUGGUGGGGGCAAAGAGCUGGGCUGCCUCAAGCUGUCUCUCUCCAUUCAUUCCAACUGAGAUGAUUCACAGCAGUUUCAUGUUUCUGUUUGUCUGCACAGAAAAAUGAUGUAACUACAGCCUUUAGAAAGUUGCGUCAACUUUUAAUUUUAUGUUUGAUUUGUGUUUCAGGAGCUGUUGUUUCCCCACAUCAGAUUAGGUACUACUAAUGGUGUUUUAUUUAAACAGGAUCAAGGUUUUGCUAGUUUUUUUUUGUUGUUGUUUCAUUCUAUGCUUUUGUGUACAAAAAGUUACAGUAACCAGAGAAGAAAACUUACAUUCUGCACAUGAGCCUUUUAUUCUAUUUUUAAUGCUGUCUUUUGUCUCAAGCUACAUUCCAUUUGAAAAUUGUCUUUUUUUUCUACCUAGUGGCACAAGUUUCUCUUUUCUUUCAGCUCAAAAAUUAUAUUAUACAAUUAAUUUAUUAAUUGAUUAUAUAAUUGAUUAUAUUUUUAGCAGUUAACAAAAACCAAGUUGUGCAGUUUAAUUCGUUCAGCACAAUUUUUGGAUAGUUUGCUGAAAUGUUAAGAUUUUUUUUUUCUUCAACAAGUUUUAUUUUUUAAAUUAGAGUAACAGAAUGAUAAUGAAAACUGAAGUGGGAGUCUGUGGAAUAUUUGACUAAAUCUGUAAACAUAGUAGUAUAAUAAACUUAAACAUUGGUCAUAUUGUUGCACGCAAAAAUCCCAGUGUUUGAGGCAACAUUACUUCUCUUGUUUAGUUUGCAUCAUCUCAGGUAAAAGGAUGAGGUCAUUUUUUCUUCAUUAAGACUCAGUUUAAAAAAACAAAACACUUGAAUUUUUGGUAAUGGGCACAUUUUACAACGGUUUAAAUAUUCUUCUUAUAAUGUUAAAGCAAAAUUAUUUUAACACUGAAAAAAAGCUUCAUAAAAUUGCCAUAUUCAUUAAAAUACUAUGUUUUAAUAAAUAUGUUGUUUGCACUGUAUAAUUGUUUUUUUUGACUCCUAUUUCUGUAGCAGCAAGAAGGAAAAAUGAAAGUGAUUCUAUGUUUUUCUGCCUGGGUGAUAAAAUCUUAUUUCUUUUAUUUUGUUGAGGAAAUGGUUUUAACAAAUCUAUUAGUGGCCAACAUACAGUAAAUAGAUUUUAAUUGUAGAUGGUAGUUUUAGCCAAUUUUUUUUUAAAGAACAAACUCCAAGACAAUUCUGCCUUUUUAUAAUUUAGAAAAAUAUAAAGUUUGGUUUUCAUUAUAUAAGUGAACAUACUGUUAUAUUUGCAUGUUUAGUAAGAUUUUUUUACAUAGAGUAACCAACACUAAAUCUCCUGUGGGGUUUGAGUCUUAAAAUAUGCAGUUGCCUGUUUCACCACACGGUGGGAGUAUUUUACAGUCUUCCAACAAAGAAUUACACAAAAUAAAUAUUUUUUCUCCAAA